GUUUUAUAUCGGAGUUCGGCACGUUCGGCAUAAAAACACAAAAACGUGAACAAUUUAAAGGGAAAAAACAACAAAAAAAAAGCAGAUGGAAAUAUUCUGUUUCUAAAUUUAGAACAUGUAAAACAAAUUCUGCUGACGGAUUCUCAGUUUAUUGAAGUUGUAGUAUUAGCCAUGAACUUAUUAUUUGUAGUGGGGUGUAAGGGUAGGCUAUGUAAAAAUGUCAAUAUGUUGAGGGUUUUGCCUUCAAAAACAAUUUUAUAGUUUUUGACUUAAAUUUAAAAUUCACGUUAACAAAAGAUUUCGUUAGAAAUGGAUUUAUUAACAUCAACAAACUCAGAAUUACAAUUUAGUUUAGUUGGUUGCCAAUAUGUGGACAAGGGAAAUGUAUGUGGUGAAAAAGACUCUUUGGCGAUUAUCGUGGAAAUGCAAAAAAUGUAUGAAGAAAAAAUGAGUAUUUUAGAUCGUGAAGGAGGCGGCGAUUACGAAGCAUUACAGGCAAAAAACAGACUCCAAGAAAUGUGGAUAAAAGACCUUAUUCAGCAAAGUAAGAUGCUUAUAUCAGCUAUUCAAGAAUUAGAACGUGAAGCUACAGAACGUGUACGACUUUUGGAACAGAGAAUAAAAAAGAACUCCCACACUGGCACUGAGGUAAUGAGUAAAUAUAGAGACUUAGAUAUCAGAUAUAAUAUAAGUGAAACUUAUCAGAGUGUAAUAUACCUUCAAUCUGAUAUUCAUAACUUAGUAAAAAUAAUUAAGCAGUUUCAAAACGAUGGGGUUUGGUCUUCUGAGGGCUUCCAUUUUUACUUUGUAAAUAGUGAUGACUUAAAAUUUGAUGCUCAAAGAGCUAUUGUAAAUAUGAUUUUGUUUAGAAUUACUCUUUGUCUUUUAGUUUAA